CGAUUUAAAUGGUCUUUGUUUUGAGGAGACUCACGGCUCUCCCCGUUUCCUUGUUUGCAAACUAAUCAGAAAAAAUGUAUGACAGGUACGUUGCUUUGCUCUUCCCCCCUUGUUUUUCCGUUGAUACAGAUCUCGGUUGUGUUUCGGAGUCAGCCGCAGGUUCCCCGCUAUGGCGUUAGCUCCGUGUUAGCGCCACAUCUCCGCAGUCGCAGCCGCGUCCGUGCGUCUUUUGUGCGUGCUGCAGUCUCCAUACAUCAUUUAUCUCCAAAUGUGCUCCGAGCUGAAUGUGUUGUGGCAGCAGAAUGAAUGUUAAUGUAUUCAAAUAAGUCAACAGUACAGAUGGAGGAAAACCAGUUUACAUCACUGACGGCUCCCACGGAUUAUUUCCAGCAGUGGUACCAGUCCUACCAGCAGCACCCGGAGGCUCAGCAUGUGACGCCACAUCACAGCAUGGGCCACUACACAGAGGGCUACACAGACGAGCCUGUCAUGGCCGAGCUGUCCGUGCACCGGGAUCUGCUUCACAAUCAGGAACCUGUCGACCAGAGCAGCGCUCCAGCUGCAAAUCACUACCAGGAGCAGGUCUAUCAGAAUGUCAGGCAGCAGCAGCAGCAGCAGUACCACCUCCAGCAGCAGCAGCAGCAGCAGCAAUACCAGCAGCAGUAUCCCACACUCAUGCACCUCUCCCAGCAUCAACACAGCACAGCGCAGCCGGAGCAGCAGCAGCUGCAGGAGCUGAGUGUUCAGCCCCGUCCUCAGCCUGCUGGCCCUCCUCAAGCUGUGACACCAGUGAAGAAGAAGAGAGGCCGGCCUCCGAAACACCAGGUGGAGAACGGCGAGCCGCACGAGGAGGACGACGAGAUGGAAGCCGUCAAAAAAGCUAAGCGCGCACAGAACCGCUUUAACGGCCUGUCGGUGGCUGAGGUCAUGACCAAAACCCUGCCAGACGUUAUCACCUACAAUCUCGACAUUUUGAUAAUUGGAAUUAACCCAGGACUUAUGUCAGCCUUCAAAGGACACCAUUACCCAAACCCAGGAAACCAUUUCUGGAAGUGUCUGUUUCUCUCUGGUCUGACUGACCAGCAGCUCAACUACAUGCACGACCACACACUGCCAGAGAAGUACAGCAUCGGCUUCACCAACAUGGUGGAGAGGACCACGCCUGGCAGCAAGGACCUCUCCAGUAAAGAGAUUCGAGAAGGUGGCCGUCAGCUGCUGGAGAAGCUCCAGAAGUACAAGCCAUUGAUAGCAGCGUUUAACGGGAAAGGAAUUUAUGAAAUCUUCUGCAAAGAAACGUUUGGUGUCAAAGCAAAGAAUCUGGAUUUUGGCCUCCAGCCGUACAAGAUCCCAGAAACCGAAACGGUGUGCUACCUAAUGCCGUCCUCAAGCCCUCGCUGCGCUCAGUUUCCACGUGCACAAGAUAAGGUGCAUUUCUACAUCAAGCUGAAGGAGCUGCGAGACCAGAUGAAAGGCCUGGCGCCGAGCCGCGAGGUGCUGGAGACGGAGUACUCCUUCGACCUGCAGCUAGCUAAAGAGGAUGCUAAGAGGCUCGCAAUCAAAGAAGAAAAAAUGGAUCCGGAGUACGAAAGCUGCAGUGGGAUGCACGCUGACACCAGGCAAAGCAGCAACUCCUCCAUCUGAGAGGCUGAGAGCAGGGAGGCGAACGGGCCUCGCUGCUGCUGCUGCACGCAGAAAUGUGCAAGUGGGCCGGCCUGCAGAUGAUAUAACGAAGAACCUCUGCCAUCCUACAGACACCAAAUAUCCACUGAAUCUGUAGCAGGUCACGUGAUCAGUGAGGAAUCGAACGAAGAGCCGCGCUGUUCCUGAAACCUCACAGGGUGACGCACAAGAGACAAAAGUGCCCACAACAGUUACUGUACAUUUUCUAACACACAGUCACAUGCAUGUUUUUGGUGUUUUUUACUUCUAUUUAUUGCAUUUUUGUAUGAUACGUGUUUCCAGUGAUUUCUUUUGUACUUUGAUAAAGGGUAUUUUAUCAUUUAUCAGUUGUAAAAUAGAUCAUUGUACUCUGGAAUUUCUAAUCUGUAAAUUACAGAGAUAAUAAAUGUCUUCAGAUGCUGCCAUGUUUAUUUGAGUCCUUUAUGUAGUGCAGCCUGUGUAUGCAGUAGUAGGAUAUGUAGUAUAACUGGCAAUCACUGGUAAACAUGGACAGAUUCUGAAGGGUUCUCCUGGCCACAGACACACAAGACUCCUGCACCGAAAGAGAUUCAAAACAAC